AUGGUCCUAUCGUACAGCUCUAUAGCAAAGCCAACGGCAGAUACUCCCAACAUAAUAUCCAUCGCCUCGUCCUCAUCUUCUACUCCUGUUCCUUCAUCAUCUACUCAAGUUGAAUACGAUGGAUCAGCUGCGCUUCCUUCUUCGCCCGGACCUUCCACCACCCCUGUCCCAUCCCAACCUCAACACCCCAUCGCAUCAUCUUCCACUACUAGUAGCUCUACCAUACAGCAUUUGAUACUUGAUGCUGGGCCUUUACUGUCCCUUACGCCUUUACGACAUCUCGCAGGCUCGUUCCACAUCACUCCUAUGGUGUUGGCCGAAUUGAGAGACCCAAAGGCUAGAGAACAUUGGGAAAGAUUGGGACUGACCGGAGUGGAAGUUAAGGUGGAAAAUCCUUCGAGCGAAGCUAUGGCUGCUGUCACUGCGUUUGCAAAGAAGACGGGAGACUUCUCUGUGCUCUCGUCAACGGAUCUAUCGGUCGCAGCUCUGACAUGGCAAUACGAAGUGAAAGUUAAUGGAUUGGAAGGUAUACGGACUGAACCUGGACAGAGGAUUAAGAAGAAAUCUACAACUCAGAAAGAUAUCGUCAAAGAGGAAAAUCAGAGUCAGGAGCAGGUGCAGGAUGAAAUUGCUGAAAGUGCAGAUGGACAAGAUGAGGGAGAAGGAGAUGAUCUCAAGCAGAACAUCGAGGAAGAAGAUGAAGGAGAAGUUGCACAAGUUGCUCAAUCCAUCGAACAGGUUUUACUUGAUUCCAACGCUCAAUCUACCUCUGACGACCUCAGCAAUUCUGAUACCCCUACUACUCAACCACCUGCAUCUGCACCUGCACUUACAAAAGACGAACCAGUCCAAGAGAUAGAUAACGAGUCAGAUGGAGGAGAAUGGAUCAACCCUUCCAAUCUCACUACCCACCGUUCUCGUGAUUUAGGGUUGAUCACUCCCAGUGGAUCAGGUGCCAAACCACCCAGUGUAGCUGCUAUGACCGGUGAUUUCGCCGUGCAGAAUAUACUACUAGGGAUGGGUUUGGGCCUGGUAGGCGAAGGUGGCAAGAGGAUAAGUAAUGUGAAGAGUUUCGUGUUGAGGUGUCAUGCUUGUUUCAAGAUAUGUAAAGAUUCUUCUAAGAAAUUCUGUCCAUCAUGCGGGAAUGCCACCUUACUACGUACGACGGUAUCCAUUGACUCCAAGACUGGUAAACAGAAUAUCCACCUGAAGAAGAACUUCCAAUAUCAUCUUAGAGGUACCAAGUAUUCUAUACCUGAUGCCAAGAUGGGUAGAGCCAAGGGACAACAGAAAGGUGGUAGUGGAUUGAUCUUGAGGGAAGAUCAACAGGAAUGGAAUGAUGCGGUGAAAUAUCAGGAUAUACAGAAACAGAAAGAAGAUAGGAGGAAAGCUAAAGGUGUUUUGGAAGGUUGGAAUGAUCCUGAUUGGCUGCCUGAGAUCAUCAGCGUCGGUACAUCAGGCAAAGGUCGUUCACACUCCUCCAACAUGCCAUCUAUCGGACAUGGUAGGAAGAACCCCAAUCAAGCUAGGAGAAAGAGAUAA